GAAGGAGCACAGAACGAACCUCGAGCAUCGCGGCACGAAGCAUGCGCUACUUGAUCAGCGGAACUUCCCUGCAAAACACCAAGUCCCUGGCUGGCUCCCUGGGGCGCACACUCCUUGGACUCAAUAGCCAAUCGACUCCUCAUGCAUGGCAAAUCGUGUCACGACGAGCUGACGAAGCAGAUACAUUGACUCGACAACUCAACCUCAACUUGGGAGCGGACCUGAAUUCUUCGUUCGAUUCGGUGGUAUAUGGCUCACUGGUACCUCAACAUGCUGAGGAUAUUGCAAAAGAAUUCAAAUCGGCGAGGGCGACAGGGCUUGUGCUUCUUCCGGAUGCCGUUGAACCACAUCAAUGGAACGAGUCACAGAGUCUGCUCGCUGCGGCAAGACUUGCCAACCUAAAACACAUCAUUUUGAUCUCUACGUACGCAGCACACUCUGCUUCGUUGCUUCCCAGCGGUGUGGCGUGGGCAACUCUGGAAAAGGAAGCUGAGGAGACCAAACUCCCGCUGACGAUCAUCCGCCCGACGACCUUCAUGCAAUCCAUGCUCUUUGGCUCAUGGAGUGAAAGCAUAUGCGGUCGGAACUUAUCCGUGUCCAUGAGCAACGCGUGUAUUGCAUUUGUGCAUUCGUUGGAUGUGGCGGAGGUGGUCAACCACACCAUGGCAAAGCCAGCAAGUCCUUCGUCGACCGUCCAUCUCACGGGACCCGAAGCACUCACGUGGGACGACGUAGUCAGAACAUUUUCGAAGUACUUGGACUCCCCCGUACGCCUGUCGAAGGUCCCAUUGUGGGUCGUUCAGCCGUCUCUUUGGAUUCGAGGUAAAAACCCGGACGACAUUCGCGAAAUCAUCAACCAGUCCAAGUACUACGAGGCAGGUGGCGAGUCUGAAGUGACGUCGACUGUGGAGUCGAUCCUCGGGCGCCCGCCGCUGUCGUUCGAGUCGUUCGUGGCCGCAAACAAGAUGCAAUGGCCACAAUUGCAUCGGUAGACAAUUUUUCAAAAUGUGCAUCCAUGACAUGGUGUUUAUUUCGUUACACUCUGAAUUUCAUCUUAUACGACCGCC